AUGGCACCCCAGCAGCCCAUCAACGUCGGUAUCCUCGGUGCCACGGGCACCGUCGGCCAGCGCUUCAUCGAGCUCCUCGCACCCCACCCCUACUUUAAAAUCCAUGCGCUCGGCGCGUCCCACCGCUCGGCGGGCAAGGAGUACGCCCAGGUGACCAAGUGGAAGCUUGCCAUCCCCAUCCCCGAGAGCGUGCGCAAGAUGAUCGUUCAGCCGUGCGAGGUCGGCCCUUUCAAGGAGUGUGGUAUCGUCUUCUCGGGCCUCGACCAGGACGUUGCCGGCGACAUUGAGGCGGCGUUCCGCGCGGCCGAACUCGUCGUCUUCUCCAACGCCAAAAACUACCGCCGCGACCCCAUGGUGCCUCUCAUGGUUCCCCUCGUCAACCCCGAGCACUUUGCUGUCGUGCGGUACCAGCAGUCGCAGCUCGGCCUCAAGAAGGGCUACAUCCUCUGCAACGCCAACUGCUCGACGACGGCCAUUGUCGUUCCCCUCAAGGCACUCGAGGUCAAGUUUGGCCCCCUGAAGCGCGUCAUGGCUACCACGCUCCAGGCCAUCUCGGGUGCGGGAUACCCCGGUGUCUCGUCGCUCGAUAUCCUUGACAACGUCGUGCCCUACAUUGGCGGCGAGGAGGAGAAGAUUGAGUGGGAGACGAGCAAGAUUCUCGGCGGCCUCCUUCCCAACGACACCGGCUUCGACCUCCACGCUAAGAACCCUCUCAAGGUCAGCGCGGCGUGCAACCGCGUCCCUGUCAUUGACGGACACCUCGCCUGUGUUUCGGUCGAGUUCGCCGCCGAGAACAAGCCUAGCAUCGACGAGGUCCGUGCCGCGUUCGCCGGGUACACGACCGAGGCCCAGACGUUGGGCUGCCCCUCGGCUCCUCCCCAGGCUAUUGUCCUCCACGACGCUCCUGACCGCCCACAGCCCCGCCUCGACCGCGACCUGCACGCCGGCGCGUGUGUCUCGGUCGGCCGUGUGCGCGAGUGCAACCUCUUUGACGUCAAGUUUGUUUGUCUCCUUGACAAUGUGCGUCUCGGCGCCGCCACCAGCUCGGUCAUGAACGCCGAGCUCGCUGUCGAGAAGGGCUUCCUCUAG